UCCUUGGAGACCGAGACACUAGCAAAAGCAUCGGGUCUCGGGAAGUUUAAGUGGCCUGGGUUACCGCGCGAUCUACACUGAGACAAGGAAGUUGGAAAAGCCGCGUAGGCGUUCUAGAAGAUCAGGGUCUCACAGACUCGCAACUUCUUUUCCAUUUUCCCCAAUGGCGCAUGUCUUACAAAAACCCAAGCACUCUGGGACUUACUCCACAGUCCACGAGUUCCAGGUUAAGGAUUAUGUACUAUGGCAGCAGUCCAAACAGAAAACCAAGCCAUCUACUCUGCCUCCGGUCCGACAAGCCAACAGCCUUAAAACAAGCAAAAUGAGGACUUUGACUAGGGUCCAACCAGUGUUGCAAUCCAUGCCCACUAUGGUGGUGACAAGCCACCAGCCAAAGAAUCCACGAGAACCGCAUAGAAGGCAGAAGUUGGACCCUGGGAAGAUGCAGGUCAAAAUCCGGUUAAUGAAGACGAUGCUCAGGAACCGGCAGACCUCUCUGCGAGAGCUCCAAAGCCAUGAGAACUUCCUCGCCAAGUUCAACGAGGAGCUGAUCGAGAGCAUCCAGGACAUGGAGAACCGCACGGCCCUGAAUGUGCGGGCCAUGCUGCAACAGCAGGACAUCCUGACGACCGUCAUCGACAUCUUGGAGUACUUAAACAAGAAGAGGCUGCAGCAAUUGAAGUCUGAGCUCCAGGAAUGGGAGGAAAAGAAGAAAUGCAAGACGAGCUAUCUGGAGCAGCAGGUGGAGCAGCUGAAUGCCAAGAUCGACAAGACCCAGGAGGAUGUGAAAUUCCUGAGCACUUACAUGGACCAUGAGUAUUCCAUCAAGUCUGUCCAGAUCGCCACCCUUGUACGCCAGCUGCAGGGGGUUAAGGACAGCCAGCAGGAUGAGCUGGAUGACCUCAGUGAGAUGCACAGAAAGGUCCUGAAGUCCUUGUCCGACAAGAUUCAGAAGGAGGAGAAAAAAGUUCUGAGUUCUCUGGUGGCAAAAACCCAGCGUCCUCAUGAGAAGGCUCUUCUACAGAUGGUUUGGGAAAGCCAGGCCUCGCUGAAAUGCAUUCACAGGUUCAGAAAAUUUAUUGGCCAGUUUGAGGAGAAUAUGCCUGUAUUAAGGGCCGAGGUAGAAGAGCUCCAGGCCCAGAUCCGGGAACCCCGAGAGGUCAUAUUUGAGGAUGUUCUGCUUCGGAGACCCAAGUGCACCCCAGACAUGGACGUCAUCCUCAACAUUCCUGCGGAAGAGCCGUUACCCUUCUAGAUGGCAGUGCCAUGGGCCUCCCCUCCCCUCCCCUCCCCUCCCCUCCCCUCCUGCUCUCUUUCCAGCACCUG